AACAGUAUUUGAUAUAAACAGCAUAGUGUUCUGUAUCUACAUCAUGUAUUGUUACUGUCAUUUUGUGUACAUGUAUCAAACAUGUUUAGUUUAGUUUAUACUUAUUUAUGUAAGCUCAAUUGUGAUGAAAGCUUAAAGCUUAUUUCCAAAUGUUUGGGAUUAAAAUCAUAUAAACCUACUUUAAUUAAGAAGUUCAGCAGGAAUUUUAUAAAAUAAAUAUUAUUUUUUUUAAAGUAUUAGAACAAUGGAAAAGCAAACGAUUCAAAGUGAUAUAAAUAGGCUUAAAAAUACAGUUAUUAAUGGAGAUGCCAGCUUAUCUGCGUCCGGAGAUUCUUCCGAUGUGACAAGGUUGGACCUAAAUUCAUGGCGGAAAUUUCUUAUUGGACCUCUUCUUUCAGUUUACAUGUUUGGUUAUAUGAUGUCAUAUUAUACCAUUACUGAAUAUACAAACAAAACAUGGCGUGACAUAAAACUAACGGAAGCAAAUAUUACUAUAAAUAGCUUGUCUUCGUCUCGAUGCGUAGCCAAUAAAAGUAGUCCGGAAUUCAAAGUCGGAAAUGACGCAACAUCAAUGGCUGCCCAGUAUAUGGUAUACUACAGCUUAGCUCAAGGUAUACCAGCCGUAGUGUCGAACUUGGUAUUAGGGUCCUAUACAGACGCGCUUGGCAGAAAAUUUUUGUUAGGUGUGGGCAUCUCUGGAACGACUUUGCGUUUAAUCGCUUCCUUUCUAAUAAUAUAUUUCAAGUUUGAUUUGCUGUUUUUCAUUGGAGCGUGUUUAUUAGAAGGCUUCACCGGCCAGUAUGCCACUAUGCUACAAGUGAGCCUCGCAUACAUGGGGGAUGUUACCAAACCUGGUAAACAAAGAACUUUAGGAAUGGCUUAUAUCAUGUUUAUGAUUGGAACUUCUUUAACUUUAGCCAGUUUUGCUGCAGGAUAUCUUAUACAAAUUUACAACUUCUACAUUCCAUUGGCUGUUGCGGCGGUUCUCCUUGUCAUUGCCUUUUUUAUCAUGCUGGUACUUUUACCAGAGUCAUUACCUGCAGAGAAAAGGAAAACAAACAAAUCCCUCAAGGAAGUGGUUGGUAACAGCUUUUCAUUUUUUGUGUCUAAGGACUUUGGCAACAAUCGGUGGAAGUACCAACUUCUGUUACUGGCGCAUGGCUUUUGUGAUUUCAGCUUCCUUGGUCGUAUAGGAACGGAAACGAUAUACCAAAUGUCUGAACCCUUCUGCUGGAGUGCUGAAAAGGUUGGCUGGUAUGGUGCAGCUAGGACCAUUGGAAUGAUGGUGUUUGGAGUGGGGUCAGUAAAAGUGUUCCAGGCGUUUCUACCGGAUGUCGGUAUUGCUAUUAUCGGUGUCUUAUCAUACGCUGUUUGUUUCGCUCUAACAGCGUUCGCUAAUAACAGCUCCAUGCUGUACAUAGCGGCAGCGGCCUCUAGUUUUGGUCCUUUAGAAUCAACGAUUAUCCGAAGUGUUGCGUCCUCUCUAACUGAUCCUAGUCAGCAAGGAGCAAUAUUCGCGGCGUUCGCCUCCGUGGAAAUCAUUGUUAAUCUACUUAGCAACGUGGGAACCAGCGCCAUAUACUCUGUCAGCGUGAAGUUCAUGAGAGGAUUUGUUUUUCUCGUGCUGUCGUCAUUCGAUGGAAUAUCAGUCAUAUUUCUCGUGGUACUGCUGCUUGGAUGGAAACGUGAGGAAAGAAAGACAACUGUUGUAAAGAUAUGAUAAAGUUAGCAUGAGUACGUUAUCUUGCUGUUUUAUAUAAACAGAGGCAAGAAAUCAUUGAUAAUGAAUAGCUCUCUUAAAAUGUUAAUAGCUUCAAGAAUAUGAAAAAUCUCUGGACAGUCAGGACUCCGAGUUUGCAUAGAGAUACGUUAUACCAAUAAAAGGGUACUAUUCAUAUUUUACAACUGGUACUAUGUCUUCCGUCGUGCAACAGUCACGUUUUCUAAAUGUUUCUUAUCGCAGACACUUCGCGUAUUUUAUGUUUUCAUUAACGUUCUAAGAAAAAUUUGGAUGACCGUCACUACUGAUUGAUUUUGUUGUUCUCAGUUAACCUAAACAUGUGAAUCAGACCAUCUGUCUGUAAAGACCACGUAUUGUCAUUCCUAUGCAAGAGAAAAUACUUCACCUGAUUUUACAGACCGCUGGUUCAUUCCGAACGAAAACAUUUUCAGUUCGUGUUAUCCUGUGAAUAAAGACCACGGGCGCAUAAAGACCAUCUUUUGACUUUCUGAUCAUGGUCUUUAGUUUCAAACCUGUCCUACAGACCCUCAGUGAAAACAGUGAACAGAAACAAUGCCGCUUGUUUCAGUAACAAAUUAAACAUUUCCGUUUAUUCUUACCACGUCAUGAACAUAAAGAGUCCACUAUUUGGAUUUCCCAUUUUAGAAAGUCUUUACCAAAUAGUGUUGUUUUUUUCUUCUCAGUUCAGAUGUUUUAUACAUGUGCAAUGACAACAGCGUUUCUUGUUAUUUUGAUUAACGUGCCAAGUAACCAGUUCUAAUAUAUCUAUACAAUAAAAUGCUAUUUCUCUCAAACAGAUAAAAAAAUAAUGAAAUAAAAACCAACAAAAUCAUUUUUUUUUUUAUGUUCGGCAUCUUGUUAGGUUGUGGCAAGCACCAUACGCGAAACAUUUUUAUGAUUGAUCUUAAUAUUGAAUGAAGUGGAAUUAGCAUGCUAUUUGACAAUGUGACAAAAAUGCUUUUAUUAUAUAUCGGUGAAGUUUUUGUAUAAUAAUGUGUGUUAACGUGUUUAAAUGUUGUUAAAAUCAAAAGAAAAUUGCCGUACCAUGCGAUAUUAAAAUAAACAACGAAGUAACGACUA